UUACAAUUGACAUCUUCGCAUCGCAAUGAUCUCAGUGGUUUUUUUAAUGAUUUCAUGGUCAUCCUGACAAACCUUUCAUUGGUAGUGACGACGUCUUAUUUUGCAAACAAAGAAAUAUACGCUGAUUAAGUUAAUUCGAUAAUAUAUUAAGUAAACACGAGUACAUGAGAGCCACCCUUCUCCAUAGUUUCCUUUUCUCCUUCGUAUAGUGAAUUGAGUGUGUGAAACAAAAUGUCAACUCCUGCCAGAAGACGUCUGAUGAGAGAUUUUAAGCGCUUACAAGAAGACCCACCUACUGGUGUCUCAGGAGCUCCCACGGAUAAUAAUAUCAUGAUCUGGAAUGCUGUGAUAUUUGGACCUCAUGAUACUCCAUUUGAAGAUGGAACAUUCAAACUAACCAUUGAAUUUACAGAAGAAUACCCCAAUAAACCACCAACAGUUCGAUUUGUAUCCAAAAUGUUUCACCCAAAUGUAUAUGCUGAUGGUGGUAUUUGUUUAGACAUAUUACAAAACAGAUGGAGUCCUACAUAUGAUGUUUCAGCAAUUUUAACUUCUAUACAGUCUUUAUUAAGUGAUCCCAAUCCAAAUUCACCAGCAAAUUCGAUGGCUGCACAACUUUACAAGGAGAAUCGACGAGAAUAUGAAAAAAGAGUCAAAGCAUGUGUAGAACAGUCCUUUAUUGAUUAGUAUGGGCUACAUAUUUCAAACACCAUGUUUGAGAAAUCUCUGCUGGUAUUGGCUGACACCUCCAUUCAUUGGGACUUGUGUGUAAAUUUUGAAUUGUAACUUUAUAAUCUAAACUUGUUUUACUGCAACCACCUUUCUAAGCAGUCAAAAUACACAAUUAAUUUUACAUAGUUAAAAAAAUAUUGUAAACAUUUGUCACAGGUAGAAUAUAUGAUAAAAGAUAUUCAUCAAUAUUAAUAUAUAUAUUGACAAUAUAGGAAUGUGUGCAUUGCAUACCAUUAACAAUAGGAUAGUAGUGAGUUUAAAACAUUAUAAAAUAUAAUGUAUUUUUGUUUUUUUUUUAUUCUUAUAUUCAAAUAAACUGUUUUGUAUUUUUAAGUGUUUGGCUAUCUUAACAGCAUAAUGUUGCCAAAUUUUCAGUGUUUCUUUUAAACAAGUUGUCAAAAUAAAUUCUCUUUGAUAAAAAACACUUUUUCCAAUUUCUUUAUUACAGUUAAAUUCAUCAAUUUAUAUAUAAACAUUGCUUUUUAUAUUAAUAUUAUCACGCAUCUUUAGAAGAAAAU